AUGGGGGAGCCGCGGGGCGCAGCGCUGAGGGCGGCGGCGGCCGCGCUGCUCGGGGCCGGCGCCUGCUACUGCCUGUGGCGGCUGACGGCGGGCGGGCGGCGGGCGGGGGCCCUGCGGGGGCCGCCGGCAGACAGCAGUCCUCCAGUGUCAACCCAUGGCAUGGAUGCAGAUGCUCUACAGAAACUGAUUCAUUUGCUCCAGGCCACAGAUGAUCCAUUAGUUCGAGAGCAAGCUUUAAUCACUCUCAGCAACAGUGCUGCCUUCUCUGUAAAUCAAGAUAUAAUCCGAAGUUUGGAUGGCCUUUCUGUUAUUGGAGGGAUGCUCUCUGAUUGCGUUCCCAAAGUUAAAGAAAAAGCACUAAAUGCGCUUAAUAAUUUGAGUAUAAAUAUUAAAAAUCAGGAAAAGAUACAGGUAUAUAUUACACAAGUUUGUAGGAUCGUUGAGUCAGCUCCCCUCAACUCUGAUCUGCAGCUAGCUGGACUCAGGCUGUUGACAAAUAUAUCUGUUACCAAUGACUACCAUCAAAAGAUGAUAAACUCAAUUCCAUGCUUUCUUCAUUUGCUUUCAGAAGGAACUGAAAGGACACAGAUUCAAGUUUUGAAAGUACUUGUGAACUUAUCUGCAAACCCAGCCAUAACAAGACAUCUUCUCAGAGCUCAAGUGCCAUCAUUGCUAUUACUUUUUGACAACUAUAUAAACAGAGAUAUUCUGCUCAGAGCCCUGGCAUUUGCAGCAAACUUGAAAAAGAACAUGAACAAUGAAGAUGGCACCAUAACUGAGGACCAAUACAGUGAAGACUCAAUUUUCUUUACACUCUGCAGGGACUCUGCCCCAUUUGCUCAGAAACUGGCGUUUUUGCUGCAUCACCCUGAUAUAGAAGUGAAAGAACAAGUUGUGAGAAUAUUAACACAAUAGUGUUGUUUUCUAAAAACAGACUGACCUGAUGAAAAUAUUUAAUCUUGGGAAUACUAUGCUAAAAAAACCUGCAACAAGCAAACAAUAAAACAACGACAAAUAAACCCUGAAUACUACCAUAUUACUAGGCACAAAUCAGUUACUGCAAAAGAGUAUUUAAUAUAGAGAGCAUAACAGAUUUUUUUUUACAAGCAAGAGAAAAGCAAUAGCUUAAUUAACUACAGUGCAGUUACCCACAACCGUGCAAAGUUUCUACACUUGAACAAAAAUUGGAAGGAUUUUAUUUUGCUUUGAAAUCGUCACUUUAAGGAAAGCAGGCAUAUUUUUAAAAAUAUUUUAUUAAGAGUCAAACAUUAUCUGCAACUGCAAGUUAGUAUUCUCGUCUUUAUAAAAAAGUCUAUGAGAGCAGUAUCAUACACAUUUUUACAAAAGCUUCCUAUUCUGUAGCAGCCCUUGAGCCUGCUUUCCUUGGAGAACUGUACUCCUUUUUCCUGCAACUGGAACAUCAUUGGAAUAAGCGCUUCUGCUGAAUUAGCCUCCAUAAAGUUUAAGUCAUCAAUCGAGCAUUAAUUCAAAAUGAAGUGGAAUACAUACAAACAUCACUGUAAAAGAACCUGAAUGGAGUUUCAUUGAUGAACAGAAAACAUACUGGAAAAGACUUCUCAAACCAGACUGCUAAAAAACUUCCUAACACUUGUAUUAUAGAGAAAGUAAAAAAAGCAUCAGUUUUCCACUUUGUACCAUUUUUAAGAGAACUGUAUCACCUAAACUGUUACCAGGUGCUUCAUCUUUCUAACUUAAUAUACCCACUCUGCUCUUAAUAAAACAUUCCUGUCUUCUCUUUCUGUAAUGCAAUAGACGUUAUUUUCAGAAGGUGACUUUGCAAUUAGCUAAAACUGCAAGAAAAAGAUGACCUUGAAACUGCAACAUACGUAUGCCCUGAUCAAUACAGGGGUAAAGCUACAUGUAUCUAAUUUAACCACAUAGGUAGUUUUAACUCACCAGGAAUACAGUCAAGGCAGAAAUAGAAGUUGGCAUGAUUCCCAGUCAGAACUUUGACAAUGGCUGCAUUGACAGUGAACUUCCCUUUCUCCUUCCCACUGCUCCUAAAACACUGUACAGUUUUUAAUAAGCAAGUUACAUUACAAUCACUUAAUGUUUUGCUACUUUUUGUAGACUUAAUGUGUUCUGCUGCUGAAUUUAACAAAGAAAAAUAAAAGCUAGGCCAGACACUAAGAAUUUACCAAUCCCACUCUCCUCUCCUGAUGAGACCUUAAGACUAGACUGUUCUAGGUAUAGCUGAUAUAUAUGUUUACUUUAGCUGAGCAACAGAGAUGUCUAGAUGUCCCUUUUCAUGUUGUCCAACCUAAAAAGAAGUUUUUUAAAUAUCUUGUUGAUAGAGUUGACCUUUUAUCCUUUGCUUUGACAGCUGACAGAAACAAGUGACAUUUUCUAAAAAUAUUUCUAAAAGUUGUUACAGUGUUGUCUCAGUUGUCUUUUUCUGGUCUAGAAAGACCUAUUUUUAAACGUUUUCUUCAUAGAACAAUGCUGUUGAGAUGUUCUAAAAUCAUGCAAGACUCUCCAAAGUGCCUUCAUGCAA